CAGACUCAGUCACAGUGUCGCACACAAGCGGUAGUAUAGUGUACCUAGUGUACCUACCGUAGUAACUAUAGUCUAAGGAGUAAAAGGAUCUCUCUUGCACACACAUCUCUCAUAUAUCUAUAUAUCUUCGGUUAGCUUCGAUCGCCAUAUUGUAUUUCGGACAACGUUGAGCGAGCAGAGCAGCCAUCAGGGCAUUUUGAAGCGAUUGAAGGACGUUUCACUGUUGCAUCGGUAUCGCAGUUACCCAUCAAAUUAGUAGAUCGUUUAUUAGUUGAGGCCAGGAGUCGAUUCCUGAGUUAUCAAGAUGACAAACGGAAACGACCACGACGAUGAGGACUGCGUGAUCAGGGUGAGGGGCUUGCCAUGGUCGACAACAGUCGAUGAAAUCAUGGAGUUCUUUGGAGAAUGCAAAAUUACCCGUGGCAAAGCCGGUGUCCACAUGACGACGUCGCGAGAAGGCCGACCUAGUGGAGAAGCUUACAUUGAAAUGGACACCGAGGAAGACAUAGAGAAGGCUUGCAAGCGAAACAGAGAUCACAUGGGCCAUCGAUACAUCGAAGUUUUCAAAGCAAAGAGAGGAGAAAUGGAAUGGAUAAUUAAAAGAAGCGGUUUAAAUCUGGAAAAUGCCAUGGAUGAUGGUUGCGUUAGACUAAGGGGCUUACCAUUUGGUUGCUCGAAGGAAGAAAUUGCACAGUUUUUCUCAGGGUUGGAGAUAUUGCCGAACGGGAUUUCACUACCUACAGACUACACAGGCCGCAGUACGGGGGAGGCUUACGUUCAAUUUGUUAGCAAAGAUGUUGCGGAGCGCGCUCUGCAGAAGCACAAGGAAAAGAUAGGACACAGGUAUAUUGAAAUCUUUCGAAGCAGCUUAUCAGAAGUUAGAGGUAGCAUUGGACCAAAGAUGCGUGGAGGUCCGAUGAGCGCAUUCAAUCAACGACCAGCUCCAUAUGAUCGUGGAAACAGAUUUGGUGGAGCUAAUAGAUUUAACAAUAACAGUAGAGGAAAUAGAGGUGGAAACAGAGACUUUGACAAUAAUCUUGGAUGGAACAACAGUAACAAUUUCCCAUCACGAGGAAACAACAUGGGUGGAGGACUGGGUGGAGGAAUGGAUAUGGGAAUGAAAGGAAGUGGAAAUUUCAGGAAUAGUGACAAUUGGAACAGCAAUAACAUUGGGUUGCACUGUGUACACAUGAGAGGUCUGCCUUUCAGAGCAACAGAGCAAGAUAUAGCAGACUUUUUCAGACCGAUUGUACCAGUUAAUAUAAGAAUAAUUCUUGAAAAUGGAGGCAGAGCGUCAGGAGAAGCUGACGUUGAAUUUGGAUCUCACGAAGAAGCUGUCAAAGCGAUGAGCAAGGACAAAAGUCAUAUGUCCCACAGAUACAUCGAACUUUUUUUAAAUUCUUCUCCCGGUCCCAGUAACAAUCCAGGCGGAGGAAAUUCCGGGGGAAGUAUGCUUGGUGGAAUCGGAAACUUUUGUGGAGGACUGGGAAGCAAUUUCAGACCUCAGUAUUCGGCGAACAAUCGAGGAUAUGGUAACAGUCAGCUCGGUGGUAGUAAUUAUAAUAGCUUUUAAUAACCGCGCCAUGACCAUUCAAAUUUUCUGACUUAAGCAUCUUCUUGGUAUCAUCAGUUACUUUGUCAUCUUGCUCUUAAUUUGAUACUCUUCAUUAUCGUAAUGAUAAUAUAAUGAACUUUAUGUAUGAAACAUAAUCAAAAUAUGUUUUCAUGAAAUAUCAAAACAUGUAUUCCUAUGUUAUAACUUUUUUAUACUGUGCAAACAUUAGUAUAAUAAUUUGCCUUUAAUUUAAGAAGAAAAAAAGCAGUUAAAAGUAUAGAAAAUAAAGCAGUAGGCGAAGCUAAUACUUAAUUUUUUUCAUAACUGUUGAUAAGUUUUUUGUAUCAAAAUCGACCAUUUUUUAGGUGCGUACUAUGAAAAAAAAUUGUAGUCUCUUGGAUGUCUUAUAACUUUGAUCAAAUACUGCAAACCGUUUAAAAACCUUCUUGGGACUAUGAUAAAGUUAGUGAACUGAGAAUGUAAUAAUACAAAUAAAUUAUGGACUUUCAGCUAAAAA